AGGCUUUUCCUUUUUGGAACCUGGUGUUGUCAAAUAUCGCGGGAGCCGCCUCCCUAAUCACUACGUAAUGUGCCGUGCUGCUUCUAGCGGCGCUGGUGACAGUGCUGAAAGCUGUUGGGUAUGAAGUGAAAUCGAACUGAAUUUUUGUACCAUCCGCAACUGCUUCAAGUUCAGAUCACAACUAAAGGAACUGAAGACAAACCUCCCAGAUCAAAAUAAGUUGCAACGCCACUUGGGGAGGAAAGGAUCACUUCAAGGAUUUAAAACACGAGAAACCAAAUCCUGAAACGACCAAAGAACACGCCCAACAUCAGCCCAACUGAAACGUGAAAGAGAAGCAAUCCUAUGCCCAAGCAUAUUCUAAGAAGAUAACUGAUCUGAAACCAGAAGUUUGUGCCUACUCAACAGCUUUGACAAAGCACACGUCCCAACGCUGCUUCUAGCCCUCCUCAUCCUAACUACGCUGCCGACUCCCCACUAAGGUGUAGAGUGGGCUGCUAUCUCUAGUACCCUCCCAUAGUUUCCCUGUCUCUCUCUACUCCUCCUUUUGUUUUCUGUAACUUUUCUAAGCAGUGUUGUUGCACAUGCAACUGCCUUUCGUGUGCUAGAUUUCUCAUUUUUUUUAUUUACUUUAUGCAGCCACCUAGAUCUUGUGCCCAGAAACUUGUAAGGAGUGUGCAUGUGUUAAACUGUGUGUGUGUGAAGCUCUGCAAAGUCAUCAAGAUCCAGAGAAUUAAGAUUAAAGAAACAGUAAAGACAUCCAGCGGUGUAUCAUUGGGUGGUUACUGAACAGUUGUUCUUUUUAAAAAUCAAGCAAAAAUUCAAACAAGUAUUCAAGUUCAGCAAGUGCUCAAGCAACUUUGGUUCAAGUUUAUGGGAAAAUAUGGGCAGCCCCUGGAAAGGUUUUGUUGAGUUUACCUUGCCUGCGUCACCACCCACCGCGUUUGUUAGUGCUGACCUGAGCAGCACCUCCCCUGUGGGACUCAGCCUGUCGCCAUAUGGCCGAUCCAUGAGUUUUGAUCCAGGCAUGCUUCAUAACAAUGGGCAUACUGCAUAUGCCAAUGGCACAGGGCCUGGCAUUAGAGAGACUGGUGUGGUGGAGAAACUCUUGACUUCCUAUGGAUUCAUCCAGUGCUCAGAGCGUCAGGCUCGUCUUUUCUUCCAUUGCUCCCAGUACAACGGCAACCUGCAGGAGCUUAAAAUAGGAGAUGAUGUAGAGUUUGAGGUAUCCUCUGACAGGCGCACUGGCAAGCCCAUAGCAGUGAAGCUGCUUAAGAUAAAGCCAGAAGUGCUGCCAGAGGAGCGCAUCUCGGGCCAGGUGGGGCCAGACCUGCACGUCUAUCCCUUUACUGUGCUGCAUGGUUAUAUUCAUCCAGUUGUCUCAUCAGUCCCAGUGAACUUGGAUGGAAAGACAACUCCUGCUCAGGUUCCCACUGGCAGUGUUUGUUAUGAAAGAAAUGGGGAAGUGUUUUAUCUGACCUACACUCCUGAUGACGUAGAGAGUAAUAUCCCUUUGGAAACGGGCGACAAAGUCAGCUUUUACAUGGAGACCAACAAGCAUACUGGUGCGGUGAGUGCGCGCAAUAUUCAGCUUGUGAAGAAAAAGCAGGCAAGGUGCCAAGGUGUGGUGUGUGCUACAAAGGAGGCCUUUGGAUUUAUUGAGAGGGCAGAUGUGGUGAAGGAGAUCUUUUUUCACUACAGUGAGUUUAAGGGGGACCUGGAAGCUCUUCAGGCCGGAGAUGACGUUGAGUUCACCAUCAAAGACAGAAACGGUAAAGAAGUAGCUACAGAUGUGCGCCUGCUCCCCCAGGGGACGGUCAUCUUUGAAGACAUAAGCAUUGAGCAGUUUGAAGGCACCAUAGUUAAAGUUAUUCCCAAGGUUCCCACUAAAAAUCAGAGUGACCCUCUACCCGGUCGCAUCAGUACAAGGAUUGGUUUCUCUGACAAGGAGCUUCCCUUUGGAGAGAAGGACACAAAGUCCAAGGUGACUCUUUUAGAGGGAGACCACAUUCAGUUUAACAUCUCCACUGAUCGCAGAGAUAAACUAGAGAGGGCUACAAACAUUGAGAUCCUGCCAGACACCUUCAACUUGACCAAGGAGACCCGUGAAAUGGGGGUGAUUGCAGCCAUACGUGAUGGCUUUGGUUUCAUAAAGUGUGUGGAUCGAGAUGCUAGAAUGUUCUUUCACUUCAGCGAGGUCCUAGAGGAGAGCCAGCUACAUAUCUCGGAUGAAGUGGAGUUCACUGUUGUGCCUGUAGGUUCUGUUAAGCUUUUCACAAAAGAUAUGCUGUCAGCUCAGAGAAACCAUGCAGUGCGUAUUAAGAAACUCCCCAAAGGAACAGUGUCCUUCCAUACCCAGUCUGAGCAGCGUUUUGUGGGCGUCGUGGAGAAGGAGGUUGUUUCAGCCACCAACAAGAAUGCAAGUCCCACUAAAGGAAAGGAGAAGAAAAAAGACAAGGGUAAAGUUGUAGAAAAGGAAGCUGAAGAGGGAGUGAUUGCAUAUGAAGACUGUGGUGUGAAGCUCACUGUGCCAUAUCAUGUCAAAGACCUGGAGGGAGGAACUUACCUUCAAGCUGGAGACAAGGUGGAGUUCUGCAUCAACGAAGUGAAGCGAACAGGUCACCAGAGUGCAGUUUCUAUCAGGGUACUCAACCGCAAUGCCUCCAACUCCAGAAGACUGCAUGGAUUCGUUGCUGCACUGAAGGAUAACUUUGGCUUCAUCGAAACAGCAAAUCAUGACCAGGAAGUUUUCUUUCACUACAGUGAAAUGUGUGGGGAUGUGGAUAACCUGGAGCUAGGUGACACAGUGGAAUAUACUCUCUCUAAGGGAAAAGGAAACAAAGUCAGUGCUGAGAAGGUUAACAAGGUGGCUGCAGUGAACGGUACUGGUGAAGAUGUUGGUGCAUCAGUGUUGGCGGGGAAAAUCCUCCGUCCCAUCCGCAGCGUGGAUCCCUCACAGACUGAAUACCAAGGACUGAUUGAAGUCACUGAUGAAGGUGGAGAAAAAGGGCAGAAUUAUGCCUUUGGCAUCAUGGGGAUGACAAACAAGGCAGAUUGUCUGCAGAAGGGAGAACAUGUUAAGUUCCAGGUUUGCACCAUCAGCCAAACUGGCCAGAAGAUGGCCUGUAAUGUUGUCCCUCAGCGCAGAGCUCCAGUGGAGUGUGUCAAAGACCAAUUUGGCUUCAUCACAUAUGAGGUGGGAGAGAGCAAGAAGCUGUUCUUCCAUGUAAAAGAAGUGCAGGAUGGAGUGGAGCUCCAGAUUGGAGAUGAGGUGGAGUUUUCUGUCGUCUUCAAUCAACGCACUGGAAAAUGUAGCGCUUGCAACGUACGCAGAGUUAGUGAGGGACCCAAACCAGUGGCGACACCACGUCCCGACCGCCUGGUGAACCGACUGAAGAGCAUUACUCUGGAUGAUGCCAGUGCUCCUCGUCUGGUCAUCUUACGACAGCCUCGUGGUCCCGACAAUUCUAAGGGCUUCAAUGUGGAACGGAAGACUCGUCAACCUGGUGUCAUAGACUGAGCAAUACACAGCCAGCCCGAUUAGGCCUUGGAGGGAUGCUGUUCCUAAGGGAAGCAGCAGGAGAUAAGGGAAACUGAUUUGACAUGCUUGUAAACCAACUCAUCCAUGAAAUAUACACAUGCAUGCAAUAACUGGCAUGUGUAAUCCUUGCCCUCAUUGAUACCUGUAAGGGAACGUUCCCCUCCUUCCAUCUAUGAUGAUCUCAGUGGUUUCAUACUGCAGAGUACAUGGGAAUCCCUGAGUGUAUGCGUGUGUGACGUGUUCUAGAAGAGAUUAGUGUGAACUGAAAGGUUGUGUCCCUCUAAGCCAGCGUGAUGACUGUGUGGCUGUCCGUGUCCUGAUCUUUUGAGUCUGCUUUAUCUGGAAUUCUGCACCUGUAACCUGUUCAUUAGUUUGACUGGGUUAGAUGAGUUCGGAUUGUUGGCAUGUCUUUAAACCUCUGCUUCACUUUUGUUCCUCAUCGCUCCUUUACGUAUGGAAACUUUGAUUACCAAGUUUUCUCUGAUGUAUGCUUUCCUACAAAAUGCAUAAAGCAAUGUUUCCUCCAUAAGGAGGAUCGUAUUUCAUACACGUGCGAGCUUUUGAGGAUCCAUCUCUGCUCGGUUUUUUUGAGCAGUUUUAAAAUGCUUUAUUGCAAAGGCUGGAGUAUAAAAGCAUGGCGUUAGUGUGACGUAUGUGAAUGGCAAAGUAGUUUCUCUGGUGGAAUUGACCUUUACCAGUCUAGAGCCUUGAGAUGCCUUUUUGGUAUUCACAUGCUCCACUUAUGAAGUUUUCCCCAGGUGCAGAAUUCCUUGUGGCAUCUUAUAUCUGCAGUUCUUUUAUACUAUUUCCUUUCUUGCACAUAUUUUUGCUUUUUUUUUAUUGAAACUUGAUCUGCUAAUAUUGAAUAAGUAAGAGUAAGGUGCCUAAAACGUCAUACAAGAUAAAACAAAAAAAAGAAUAACAAUUAGAUGCAUUAUGUUCCCAGCCAACCGCCAAAAUAUUCAAAACAAUCUUAGGGUGGCGCUUUUUUUUUUUUUUUUUUUUUUUUUUUUUUUUCCUUGUAGAAAUAAUACAAAUAUGCAUCCCAAACCUGUGGGUUGAAUUAUACUGUAUCCUACGUGUGUGUUUUCUUUUUGGUUUUUUUCCCCCCCUUCUCUGGGUGUAAGCUUCAACUUCACAUAUAAUUUAAUAAGGAGAAGGGUUAUAUGUCAGAAAUUCUGAUUUUAAAAUAUGAAAAACUAUGAAUCAGGAUCUCCGUUUUUGUUCUCUGGAGUCAAAAAGGAUGAGCUGUCGUGCCUCUGAACAUAAAGUUGCUGUCGGAUCUAAUUUUCUUUGACGAUCAACAGGUUUUCAGUUGAACCACUUACAGAGGUUCUCAUGUACUUUUGUUAAUGGUCUGGAAUGAAACAACUGAAUAAUUAAAGUUUUAUGAGAAUCAAA